GGUCUCCUCACGCUGUGGAAAGCAUGGCAGCGAAAAACAAGCAGCGAAAAAAGUCCAAAGCGACGAAAAAAGUGACGUUUGAGUCCAAAGACAAAGAGCCGGAGGCGGAAAACAACGGCGGAGAGGAAGAUGGAGGUGAAGGGAAGAAGGAGAAGAGAGAGGAAGAGGAGCUCAGUCUGGAGGAGGUUUUACGGCUCGGAGGAACUCAGGCCGACUACGUCCUCCUCGCCGGCAUCGAUGACUCCAAUGAGCUCGUCGAUGGUGGUAUGAAAGGAGCGAUAGACGACCUGGAGGAAGGCGAGCUUGAGAAAUUCAUCACCAAGCUGGGCAUCCGGGCAUACACCACACAGCAGUUUGUAGCAGAUGAGCCCGAGGGCGAUGCAGUCGCUGCUAACGAGAAGAAAACUGAAAAGGCCAAAGUGGAGAAAGCAGAGGAGACGCCGUCCGCGGCUCAGCCAUCCGCCGCUCAGCCGAACGCCGCUCAGCCGAACGCUGUCGAUAAGAAGCAGAAGAAGUCAGCAUCGAAAAAGGUGAAGCAGAGUGCCAACGUGUUUGAGUUUCAGCAGCGACAGGUGCUGCUGAUCAAACCCGGCGGGAAGUGGUUCGAGCUAGAGUACGCAGAGGAGGGCUCCUCGGCGCCACAGGACGCCUCGCUGGUCUCGCAGUACAAGACGCUCGCCCAGCAGCUGUUCGAGGCCGAGGUGAACAUCUACAAGACCAAGAAGAGCCUGCAGAAAGGAGCCAACUCCGCCUGGAUGAAGACCGUCGUCUCCUCCGGCGUGUUGGCGGACAGGAUGGCGGCCAUGACAGUUCUAAUCCAGGACGCUCCGGUUCACAUGCUGGAGCACGUGGAAAACCUGGUUUCCAUGGUGAAGAAGAAGGGCAGCCGGCGGAUGGGCCUGAUGGCCAUGGACACACUGCGGGAGCUGCUGCUGUCCAACCUGCUGCCCGAGGGCAGGAAGCUCCGCACCUUUGCACAGCACCCAUUCGAUCAGCUGGAGGAGAAGGCCAGCGGCAACCGCGACGCCCGCGACCGCCGCCUCAUCCUCUGGUACUUCGAGCAUCAGCUGAAGCACCACAUGGCUGAGUUCGUGGUGGCGUUGGACUCGUUGGCUCACGACACGGUGCCCGCUACCAAGGCAAAGGCGCUAACCACCGCCCACGAGCUGCUGUGCAGCCGCCCCGAGCAGGAGAAGGCGCUCCUCACCCAGGUGGUCAACAAGCUCGGAGACCCCGAAUACAAGACGGCGGCGAAGGCGUCCUACCUGCUGGAGACGCUGCUGCACAAACACCCCAACAUGAAGGUGGUGGUGUGCUGCGAGGUGGAGCGGCUCCUGUUCCGACCCAACAUUAGCUCGAAAGCGCAGUAUUACGCCAUGUGCUUCCUCAGCCAGGUGAUCCUGAGCCACGACGAGGCCGAGCUCGCCACCAAGCUCAUCACCAUCUACUUCUCGUUCUUCCGCGCCUGCGUCAAGAAGAAGGACAUCGAAUCGAAGAUGCUGAGCGUGCUGCUGGCGGGCGUGAACAGGGCGUAUCCUUACACCAGCGCUGGGGACGAGAAGGUGAGGGAGCAGAUGGACACGCUCUUCAAAGUGGUUCACCUGGUGAAGUUCAACACGGCCGUGCAGGCGCUCAUGCUGCUGUUCCAGGUGAUGGACUCCCAGCAGAGCAUCUCAGACCGAUACUACGUGGCCCUGUACAGGAAGCUGCUGGACCCCGGGCUAUCAUCGUCCCGGCAGAACAUGUUCCUCAACCUGCUGUACAAAUCCCUGAAGGCCGACGUGGCGCUGAGGCGGGUCAAGGCCUUCGUGAAGCGGCUGCUGCAGGUCAGCGCCGAGCAGAGCGCCAGCUUCACCUGCGGGGCGCUCUUCCUGGUGUCAGAGGUCAUGAGGGCCAAACCGGGCCUCAAGAUACUGCUGCAAGAAGAGGGCGGGGAUGAGGAGGAGGAGGAGUUCAAAGAUCUCACUGCAGACGAGGAUGACGAUGAUGGAGAGGAGAGAUUUGUGGAUGCCGACAAACUGGAAGAAGGAACGAGCGUUGAGCCAGAGGAGGCCAAGCCUGCGGCAUCAUGGGUACAUCACCAGAACCUGGAAGGAAUGAAGAGCGCUCAGAUCUACGACCCGCUGCACAGAAACCCGUUAUUCUGCGGCGCCGAUCGCACGACUUUAUGGGAGCUGCAGAAGCUCGCUCUGCACUUCCACCCAUCGGUGUCGCUGUUUGCAAAAACCAUUCUGCAGGGAGACUUCAUCCAGUACUCCGGCGACCCUCUGCAGGACUUCACCCUCAUCCGCUUCCUGGAUCGAUUCGUCUUCCGAAACCCCAAACAGCUCAAAGCAGAACAACACACCGACGCUGCUCUGCUGAAGCCCAGACACAGAUUACCUGUCAGCUCUUUACCAGUUAACAGCGACGAGUUUCUGUCGAAAGAAGAAAGUCAAGUUCCCGUCGAUGAAAUCUUCUUCCAUCGCUUCUUCAGGAAACGGCAGCAGGAGAAACGGCAGCGUGGGCCCAGAGGAGGAGGUGAUGAUGACAGCGUGGAGGACGUGGAUGACGACGAGUUUGAGAAACUUCUUGACAACUUUGAGGGCGACUCGUACUUCGCCGACCUGGCCGACGCUGAUCUCGACUUUGCAGGGAAUGUGAAGAGUAAAAAAGGUAAGAAAUCAGCAGAGGAUUUGGACUCCAAUGAGGACGACUCGGACAUGGACGACCUGGACGAUGAGGAGGUGUCUCUGGGCAGCAUGGACGAGGAAGACUUCGGAGACGAACUGGAGGAGGAAGGAGGGACGUUCAUGGAUCCUGAUGGAGGUGAAGAAGACGACGAUGAUGAAGUUCCUGAGCUGGAGGAUGAAGAUGCCCUGGAGGAUGAAGAUGCUGCAUUCGGAGAUUCAGACGAUGAGGAGAUGGAAGCUCCAGACAUCACUCCGCAUCCCAAGAAGGGGAAGAGGAAGUCCUCCGAGGCGCUCGACUUCUCCGGAUCUUUAGGUUCCAAACAGAAGAAGAAGAAAGAGAAGAAAGAUGCAGCCAUGUUUGCUUCUGCUGAACAGUUUGGCUGCCUGCUGGACGAGAACGCCGGCUCCAAGUUUGACAACAUCGGGCUCAACGCCAUGGCCAACGCCGACAAAGCAGGUUUGAAACAGCUGAAGUGGGAGGCUCAGCGCGACGACUGGAUCCACGGCCGCGACGCCAAGACGCUGCGCAGGAAGAAGACCAUGUUCAGCAAGAAGAAGAUGUUCAGCGGAGCCAAGACAGGAAGCAGGACGUUAGGGAGCAAGAAGAGGAGGAAGUAGAUGAUGAUGAUGAUGAUGGAGCCUUCAGUCC